CAGACUUUGGUUCUAAGUGUGGGGAUUUCCACACCCAUUGCUUUCAGUUCCCUGUGUCUCCACUCAGCCAUAAAGGUUUCUGUGAACAUGUCGGACCCCGAGAACCCAACUCAGCCUCUCUUAAGAGCUCCCAACCAGCCAACAGCAGUCAAUGCAGGAGAAACAACAGAGAAUCGCCGCCCCAGCCGGGCCUAUAAGAUGGCAGCUUUAACCCUGUUGGCCUGUGUCCUGAUUGUGGGCCAGGCGAUGAUCGCCUACUUCCUCCUCAGCCAGAGGAACGACAUCAAAUCCCUGGAGGAGCAGAACAACAACAUGAAGACAGAGCUGACGAAGGGAAGAUCUGUGUCUGUGCCAGUGCGGAUGCACAUGCCCAUGAACGCCUUGACCAUGCUGGCUGAUGACUAUGUGGAAGAGGAGGCUUCCACUGAUAAAAUGGUCCCUCUGCAGGGCACCAACUGCCAGCUGGAGGCUGCUGGUGUGAAGGCCACGCAUCUGCCAGGUUUCCGCCCUGCCUGUGAUGAGCGUGGCCUCUACAAGGCCCAGCAGUGCUUUAUGAGAACGUGCUGGUGUGUGAAUCCAGUCAAUGGGGAACAAAUCCCUGGAUCCGUGAGCAAUGGACCGGCCAGAUGCAGCAUGGCUGUGCACACCGGCGGCCUGAGCAACAUGCUGACUAUAACCGAUGUUGAUGUCUAAUACUGUGCUGAUGAAAUCUCCUCCAGACACCAGCAACAGGUCAACUCCAAAUCCUGAAGAUGCAACUUUGCCAACUUAUAAUCAGUAAUCGCUUUUCUAUAAUCUUAUUAUCUGCAAUUAAUAUUUUACAGGCAGAUGUAACCUUUGCUAUUGAUUACUUAACAUCUUUCAGUUUUUUUUUAAAUGGCUAGUAAAAGUUAAGGGUUAUAGAAUAGAGUGUUCUUGCUUUGCAGACUUAAAAAAAAAAGUUUUAUUCAAAUUGUGUCUAAUAUCAGUUUGAUAAGAAGUAAUGUGAUGUUGGGAAGUUAGUAAACAGCAGUGACUUAAAAUAAUAAAAGUAUGAAUUGAGUGGCAAUUCAGUUGAGUGUGGGCAUGGAGUAAUUAUUAAUAUAUUUUUGUUAAGAGUAGAUUUUUGGCAAUAUGUAAAUGAAAUCAAGAUCUGUCCAGUGCCCGUUUACAUUAUACUUUUGAAUUAUUCAGAUUAUGAACAUGGUGACUUGGUCUAUGAACAUUUGGCUUAAAGUUAAAGGGGUGAAACUAUGAUUAAAAUUAUUGUCACACAUUUGGGCAAAAUUGGGAACAAAUGAAACAAGUACAAACUGUAUUUUCCCCAUUUAUUUGAACAUCCCAAAUAAACCUGUUAAAAGACA